AUGGCCUCCUCAGAAGAUCCCAGGGACUGGACAGCCAGCCCCAAAGACACCGGCCUUGAGACAGACCUGGAGACCAGUUCUGGUGGAAAGCUGGCCCGCCAACAGAAGGCCAUCCCCACGGCUCAUCUAACUUUUGUUAUUGACUGUGCCCGUGGGAAACAGCUCUCCCUGGCAGCACCCGCAGUACCUUCCCGAGCCCCCAGUCCCAGCCAAGGACCUGUCACCUCUCCAAUGAAGACCUACAUCCUAUUUUGUGGGGAAAACCAGCCCCAUCUGGCUCAGGAGACCCCUGUGGGUAGGGGACACCUUGCCCAAGCCAGGGAUACCCUGCCACCCUGCAGAGGGAUUGAGGUCCCAGCUUCUUUCCUGGCCAGCUCGCUCUGCCCUCAGGAGGUUCCUGAAGCUAACAGGAGACCCUUGAAGGCUGUGCCUGCGAGGUCUUUAACUUGGGGAACAGUCAAGGGCUCUCUCAAAGUCCUCUCCUACUGCGUCUAUGGGAAAGCCAAUUAA